GUGUUCAAUGGAGUGGAAGACAUGGAUGGAUCAACUGGUUAUUGGGGGAUUUAAAGCACCUUGUUUUUUUUUCCAGCGUUAGUCUUGUUUGAUAUCAUUAUCCCUACUUGGCUCAUUGUUGGAUUAUUGGUUUCUUUUUGAGAAAACAGACCAAGUUGGCUGCUACUUCUAGUUCUUCUUCUGCAGGAGCAUCAUUGUUAGCUUGUCCACAGGUCGGGGUUGUUUUAGUUUAGGCUACCAUGAGCUCUGCUGUCUCUAGCAUAGGAAUUGACCAGCUCGAGAUCAGGAUUGAGUCCUUGAGCAGCAAAAUGGACCGGCUCAUAAGUAUUCAGGAAAAAGUGCUCAGCCGGCUUAAUGGCAUGUCUCAGGACAUUGAUGAAAUUGAGAAAGAUGUAGAAACUCUGAAAGUGGAAAAGGAGGAGAUCCAUUUACCUCCAGUCAUCCGUACAGGACCAGCCCAUGAGAUGAAGGAAAUGUGCCAAGAAAUGAACAGCAUCAUGUUGGCAGUAAAUCAGCGCUCUGAACAGCAAACCCAGAAGCUGGAGGGAAUGGAGAGUCUGGUGAUGAGCAUUCAGCAAGUGGUCAGCUUUAUAGGAGAAACUGUGAAAACUUCCAAAAUCAUGGAUAUUAUGUUCAAAGGGCCAGCUGCUCGAAAGAGCAAACUGGCUUCAGCACUCAGGUCCAAGGAUAGUAAAAGCAAACAGAGUACCAAAAGGCAGGCCUCAAAUAAUGGUGAGCCUGUCAAUACUAAGCUAAAUGAUCAUAAAAGUAAAGAUGGGAAGUUUCAUCUUAGCAUCAAAGGCCUCAAAGCACAGAAGAAGAAGAAACCACCUGAUUCAGCAGUCUCUUUGAGGAAACAGGCAUUGUUGCUUGAGGAAGUUCAGAAACUAAACCAAGAGAAUGCAGAAUGCUCUGAAGGGUCCCAGCAUCUUGAAGCUGGUGUGCAGAAAUCAGACAAUGGUCUGCUUACUCCAAUCCAACAGGACCUCAUGCUGGAGGAGACCAAGGCCCCUGCACCUGAGGAAGAGACAUACUCAGAAGAACAGAAGGAGGUCACUAUGGAACUGAAAGAAGAGGAGAGGAAAGGUACAGAACAAAAGACAGAGGAGAUCCAAAGUGAAACACCACAAUCAUUGGAAGGAGAGGGUAAGGAGAGGCCACAAAAAAUACAUUCAUACAUUCUCAAAGAUCAGGAGGUAGAAGACAAAGAAGAUCAAAAGGCUGAUGAGGGUCCUUCAGAAAACAACAUUACCAACACAGAACACCCUACACCUCCUGAAAACUCACUGCAAAGCAGUGAGUGUGAGCAAGUGGAUGAGGUGACUACGAGCAGCAAACGGCGUGUAACAGAGGAAGAUCUAGGGUUGGAGGACCACAAGAAGAGCAGGGUGGAGGAAGGUCAAGAAGAGGCCAAGCAGGAGCCAGAGGAACCUGAAGACCUGUGUGGUGUUUUCAAAGCUGAGGGUGUGGAAAUUGAGUUGGACUUCAGUAAAAUUAAGAAGGACUGCUACGAGGAUGAAGAUGAAGAUAACAGUGAGCACUUCUUCAUUGACUGUACCCCACCUCCAUCAGCACCCUUCAGCCACCGCAUUGUGUCCUCCAAGCCCAACCAGAUAAACAAUUUCUACACUAUCAACCGACAGGAGAUUCUUGGAGGAGGUCGAUUUGGUCAGGUUCAUAAAUGCAUUGAAAAUUCUUCUGGACUCACUUUGGCGGCAAAGAUAAUCAAAGCUAGAUGUCAAAAAGAAAAGGAGGUGGUGAAGAAUGAGAUUCAGGUUAUGAAUCAGCUCGACCACGCCAACUUGAUUCAGCUCUACGCCGCAUAUGAGUCCAGGAAUGACAUUAUCCUUGUACUUGAAUAUGUUGAUGGAGGAGAACUGUUUGACAGGAUCAUUGAUGAGAAUUACACACUGACGGAGCUGGACACAGUGAUGUUCAUCAGACAGAUCUGUGAGGGCUUACGGUACAUGCACAAAAUGUACAUCCUCCAUCUGGACCUAAAGCCAGAGAACAUUCUUUGUGUCAGCAGAUUAACAAAUAAAAUCAAGAUCAUUGACUUUGGACUUGCAAGAAAGUACCAGCCCAGAGAGAAGUUACGAGUGAAUUUUGGUACGCCAGAGUUUCUUGCCCCAGAGGUGAUCAACUAUGAUUUUGUAUCGUUCAACACUGAUAUGUGGAGCCUGGGCGUUAUCACGUACAUGCUGCUCAGUGGUCUGUCACCGUUCCUUGGGGAUGAUGACAAUCAGACGCUAAAUAAUAUCUUGGUCUGUCAGUGGAACUUUGAGGAGGAUGAAUUCACAGACAUCUCAGAAGAAGCCAAGGAUUUUAUUUCCAAACUGCUCAUUAUAGAUAAGAGUUGGAGGAUAGGAGCAUCGGAAGCAUUGAGGCAUCCCUGGCUAUCAGAUCCGACCGUUCACUUCCGCCUGCACGAGAAGAAAAAUAUGUGCCGUUCACGCAGAAAUUCUUGUGUGCCUCCACCAGAGAGUUAAUAGGGACCAAGACUGCUGUGCGACCAUGAGGAUUAUUGGACAUUAUACAGAACUGUGUAGAGACAGAGAUGAUCAGAGCAAAUGUGUACUUGCCCUUUGCAUAAACCUGUUGUUGGCAUUUCUUAAUUUACAAUUGCAUGUUAUUUAAAAAAGCUAAGCUAGAAAUUAUGUGUAGGUAUGUGAUGUAAUUUUGCUAGUCUUCAUCAGGCUUCAUAACUUGUAAGAUAUUUUUAAAUGUUUUAAAAAGCAAAUUUCGUCUGUUGUUAUGAUGUGUUGGGCAGGUCAUUUUAAUAGCCAACAAAGCAAAUACAUAACAGCACUCAUUAUAUUAUUAUAAAAAUAGUAUCGUUAAAUUAUAGUAAUAUUAAAUUAUCUAUACAUACCUAAGAAAAUAAAAGAAUGUAGUACUGUAAAAAAGAAACAUAUUUGGACCUCAAAUGAAUAUAAAUCAAAAAAUACAUAUUUGAUAAAGCACAGAUAAUACUAAAUAGGAAUGUCUCAGGGGCUUUUAGCGGUUGUGAAUGCAAGUUCACCAAAAUGAAGUUGUCAGUUAUGAUAUUUUGAAAGUUUAUCUGACUAUAUGAAUUGAUGUCACAUUUAAAAGCAUAAUGUACAUGUAAAUUCUCUAAUCAUAACAGUUUGUCUCGCACAGAAAAUGAACAAAUAGUUGGACAGUUUUUCACUCUUUGACAGAUCUCCGUCACAUUAUGAUUUUCAAGCCUCCUCAAUGUUAUGCUGAUUAUUGAUUAUGCUUAUGCAGUAUAUACCUGGAACAUGAGGAAAUAUGAAAGAUUAUUUUAGAUUAGCACAACCUGACUGAAUGUUGACUGAAUAUUGUUAAUAUAUAUAUUGUUUAGGUUUUUCAUCUUUUAAAGGAAUCCAAAUGGAUUUAGACUGUGGUUUAAAACAAGAAAAUUAUGUUGUUAAUGCUAAGAUAUAUAAUUAUUUAAAUUUUGUUUUUUAAUUUUGAGUAUGUUGAGCACUUUAGGACAGUUAUUUUUUUAAAUAAUAUGUAAACGUUCUUAAUAGAUUGAAAAAGUGCAGUUUUAGAACUGUGUUUUAUAUGUCUACAAUGUCUUUUCAUGUACACAUGAAUAAAAAUAGUACCAUAUAUUAAAACAAAUAUAUAUACAGUACACACACACACACAUAUAUAUAUAUAUAUAUAUAUGUCUUACCUCUCUCUUACUUGAUUUAAAUGUAUUAAUAUAAAUUUAUAUAUUCAAAAUAUAUAGUUUUUAACCAGAUUCAGUUGGUCUUGUAAAUAAAACAUGAUAUAAAGCCUACAUUUCAGAUUUAAAGUAUUAUGUUUACACUGUGAUUUGUGAUAUUAUUAUUUUCAGUGAAGUAAAUCAACAGUAAUUCA